AUGGCCGCUUUCUCCCCCCUAACCACCACAAGCGGCUCCAAAACCAGCCGGGCGGCCCCCGCCCAACGGGGGGCGGUAGCGACCGCACUCCCGGAGGACCUCCGAAGCGCCACCUACGCCAUCGCUGCCACCAACGCCGUCAUCUUCUUCAUUUGCGCGCUGGUUCCCCUGCUGCCCGCCGCCGCGCUGCUCCUGAGCCACCGACAACCCCAGCCCUGGCAACUGCUCACCUCAUCCUUCACGCACCCCAGCCUGGAGAGCCUCAUUCAGUGCGUGUUUUUUACGUACAUCUUUGGACGGGUGGUGGAAAGGAACCAUGGGUCGCUGGCGACCUGGAUAGUCUACGUCCUUUGUGGCGCAGCCGCCGCAGCCCUUGCCUGGUGGCUGCUCCCCGCCAAGUCUGCUGCAUUGCUGUCCUCCGCAGCCCCCGCAGCCUCCUGGGGGCUGUUCCUGGUUGGCAUUGGACUGCCCCGGCUGACCAAGAAGCCGCUGGAGGUGGCAUGUCUGCUGCCCUUCACCUUCGCGGCUACUGUGUCAAGGUACUCGCCUCUGGCGGGACUGCUUGCUCACGAAGGCGCAGCCCAGGGCCAGCUCGUCCACGUGGCGGGGGCGUCCUUGGCGGCUAUGGCGGCCGCGCUGGUGCUCGGGCUGGUGGAGGGGUGGCGGGAGGAGAAGCGGCGGAAGGAAACGGAAGCCAGGCGACAGGUGUGUGUUCUUCGCCGGGGCAUGCGCGCCCAGGCAGCAUGCCCCGCAGUCAGGGAGGCGGCAGCACGGGAGGAGGAGGCGCUGAAUGCGAUGAUCAAUGCCGCCAGUCAGGCCGCGGCGCAAAUCGGCAAGAAGCUGUUGUAA